GAAAAUUCUGCCGCGCCGGUUGUGCCAAUUUGCACGAGCGGAGAAAUUCUGGUUAACGGUUCUUGCCGACGGCACAUAACGAGCAAACAAACUAUUAAUUUCUACAAAACUCGGCCUAGCAACGCCCAGUUGAAAAGAUCUACAUAGUACAGAGAACUCAAAAACCCAAAACAAAAAGCGAAUGCUGAGUAUGGAGAUUUUAGGCAAAAUGCGUGCAAUUAUUCAACGCAUGACAACCAAUUAAUUGGCGAAAGAGAGCGAGUGCAAACACAAACAAAACCCGCGGGGCAACAAGUCUAAAGGCCCCAGAAAAUAUAUGGCUAUCCGGCGAGCCGGUUAACGCCUGCAAGUGCAUCGGAAAAGCCACUUGACCGCUUUUCCAAGCGAUUCGGCCGCUUGCUAAUCUCGCCCAAAAAACUCCAUUCACAAUCGCCAUCGAUAUCGCGAUGAUUUAUGCAGCUAUUUCUUGCAGCUUGUGUGAAUUAUUCUACUGUAUUGGCAAAUAAUUGACAUCAGAGCGUUUGUUUGAUAUGUAAACCACGGAAAGUACAAACACCAGAGUAAACAGCGAUAUUGCCCAACACGAGCCAAGUAUUUGGGACACAUAUUGACACUGACCCCGGAACGGAGUGGUUCUGGAUGGAGACAGCCUGCGGGUGCCGGGGCCCACGAGACGCGCAGGGAUCAACUGGAGCGACGGCAUCGGCAACGGCAACGACAUCGGCAUCGGUAUCGCUAUUGGCACGGGCAUCAUCAGCGGCUUUGGCCGGUGGUCGCCAGGAACAACCGCGGUGUCAACAACAGCGGCCACAUCAACAACAUGGCCAUAAAGCAACAGCACCCAGCGAGCUGUAAUUCAUGGUUGCAACUACCCAACGAACUGCUGAUAUUGGUGGUGAACACAGAUACACACCCAUCUCAAAAGUACCGCCAUGAAUGAGACAGAGUGCGACGAUCUCAUCAAAUCUGUGAAAUGGACGGAACCAGCCAAUUUGAUCUCCCUGGCCGUACUCGAGUUCAUCAACGUUCUGGUCAUCGGUGGCAACUGCCUUGUGAUUGCCGCCGUCUUCUGUUCGAACAAGUUACGUAGUGUGACAAACUUCUUCAUCGUCAACCUGGCUGUUGCCGACCUUCUAGUCGGUCUGGCGGUGCUACCCUUCUCGGCCACCUGGGAGGUCUUCAAGGUUUGGAUAUUCGGCGAUCUCUGGUGCCGCAUUUGGCUGGCCGUCGAUGUCUGGAUGUGCACGGCAUCGAUCCUGAAUCUGUGUGCCAUAUCUCUGGAUCGCUAUGUGGCGGUCACGCGACCCGUCACCUACCCAAGCAUAAUGUCCACGAAGAAGGCCAAGUCCUUAAUCGCCGGCAUUUGGGUACUCUCAUUUUUUAUUUGCUUUCCGCCGCUAGUCGGCUGGAAGGAUCAAAAGGCGGUCAUACAACCGACCUAUCCAAAGGGAAACCAUACGCUUUACUACACCACCACGAUGUCAAGCUCGGAGGAUGGUCAACUAGGGUUAGAUAGCAUUAAGGAACAGGACGAGGCCUCGGUGCCUCCGCCACCACAGCAUGUGGGCAAUGGCAAUGCCUACAAUCCCUACGAUCCCGAUUUCGCCCCGAUCGAUGGAUCCGCGGAGAUUCGCAUUGCGGCCAUGGGCCUGAGCAGUACCACCACCACCAGCAGGACGACAACAACAGCCAGUUCGAGCAGCACAGAAACGGAACCGGAAAUGGACCUCGAUCUGCUGAACGCACCGCCGCGGAACAGAGCCGCCACCAUUUCCGGCAGCUGUCCCUGGAAGUGCGAGCUGACCAACGAUCGGGGGUACGUUCUCUACUCCGCUCUGGGGUCCUUCUACAUACCCAUGUUUGUGAUGCUCUUCUUCUACUGGCGCAUAUACCGGGCCGCCGUCCGCACCACGCGGGCCAUCAAUCAGGGCUUCAAGACCACCAAGGGUUCCAAGGGCAUCGGUUCGCGCUUCGAGGAGCAGCGCCUGACACUGAGGAUCCACCGCGGCAGGGGAUCCAACCAGCAGGACUCCAUGCACAGCAACGGCAGCACCCAGAGCACCACCACCACCUUGGGAACCCCCUCGCCGGAGCGACUCUCCAAGUACGCCACUCGACGGCUGCACCACCACCACGACAAGAUCAAGAUCUCGGUGUCCUAUCCCUCCAGCGAGAACAUCAGUGAACUGGCCGGGCACGGAGACGGGGGUCACGAUCACCAGCGACGGCCAUCGGGAAACGCCCUGUUCGCGGUGCACUACAACGGCACCACUGGACGCGAGUCCACCGAAUCGCAUCUCUACAGGCAGCAGCAGCAGCACGGCGGCGCCAGUUCCUGCUACCUGCAGGUGGGCAAGGGUCUGCCGGAAUUGGCCCGGCGGCAGAGCAACACCAGCGAGGCGGGUGGCGGCGGUGGCGGAUCCGGACACUUGCGUCCUGCCAACAAGAAGAUGGGCAGGCGGAACAUCAAGGCCCAGGUCAAGCGCUUCCGGAUGGAGACGAAGGCGGCCAAGACGCUGGCCAUCAUCGUCGGCAUGUUCAUCUUCUGCUGGUGCCCCUUCUUCACCAUGUACAUCAUCCGGCCGUUCUGCCAGGACUGCGUCGACCCGCUCCUCUUCUCGGUGCUCUUCUGGCUGGGCUACUGCAACUCGGCCGUCAAUCCGAUGAUCUACGCCCUGUUCUCCAAGGACUUCCGCUUCGCCUUCAAGCGGAUCAUCUGCCGCUGCUUCUGCUCGCGGCAGUCCGUCUCGCUGAAGAGUUCCCGUCGCGGAUCCGACAUGUCGGCCAUCCGCAUCCGGGCCCGAACGCCCAGCAUCACGCCCAGUGCGGCGGCCCACAGUUUCGGGGACGAGAGCGAGCUGCACCACUCCGAGAUGGACGACCCCAGGUGACGAUCGUUUGGUCCCAGCUCGAGCUCGCAGAGCAGCUUGGGUGGGUUGCGCAA